UUUUUUUUUUUCUUUUUUUAUUUAUUCGAUUCAUAUAAAUGUCAUCCGAAUAUUUAAUCAAGUUGGGUAAAGAUAUCAUCCCAACAACUAGUACCAAGAUUAUUUUAGGAAAUACUCUCAAAGUGCCUCCUCUCGCUAUUGGUACUUGGCAAUUUGGUGAUACUUCUUAUUGGGGAUGGACUCCAGCUGCUGUGAAAGAAGCAAAAGAAGCAUUUGAUUUAGCUUGUUCUAAUGGUCUUACAUUUUUUGAUACUGCUGAGGUAUAUGGAAAAGGUGAAUCUGAACGAGAAUUAGGUACCUUUCGAAAGGAAUACACCAAAGAACAACAAGAUGAACAAGUCAUUGCUACCAAAUAUUUCCCCUAUGAUAACCGUACUCAAUUUCCAGAUGUUUUAUUAUCUGCUCUGAAAGAUUCCUUGGAUCGUCUUGGCAUGGUGAAAUCAGAUCUUUAUCAAAUUCAUGCUCCUAUUCAUCCUGCUUCUAUAGAAGUUGUCGCCAACGCUUUAGCUGAUGCUGUGGAAGCUGGUCUUGUCAAGGCAGUAGGUGUAUCCAAUUAUGGUUUAGAUGAAAUCAAAACAAUGCAUGCAGCCUUGAAAAAACGUGGGAUCCAAUUGGCCUCUAAUCAAGUCUCUUUCUCUUUGAUUCGUACUAUCCCUGAAAAAUCUGGUUUGAUUCAAUUAUGUCAUGAUCUUGGUAUUUCUAUCCUUGCCUAUUCUCCAAUGGGGAUGGGUUUACUGACUGGUAAAUUUGGAUCCAAAGGACCUUGGCCAGAAGCUCGUAAACGACUUUUCAGCUCAUUCGAUCCUGAACAACUAGAUAAAUUGUUAACCACUUUGGCUUCUCUAGCUACUAAAUACAAUCGACCUCAAUCUGCCAUUGCUUUGAAUUGGACUAUCGCGAAAGGAACCAUCCCAUUGGCAGGUGUACGCACGCCUGAACAUGUUAGUCAAAAUGCUACGGCACUUGGCUUCCUUUUGUCCCAAGAAGAUAUCAAGACUUUGGAUCAAUUUGCUUUUGAAGGCUCUACCAACAAAGAAUGGAACCAUGGAUAAAAAACGAAAUAUAUAGGAUCUUCCUUAGUUUAUCUGUUCAUUCUUAAUUUAGUAUUGAUUUUUUGUUUCCUUAUUUUAUCAUAUGAAUAAAA